AUGCACAUGGGGAUUGCUCUGAUGCUUGGAUUUGCGGACAUUGUUCAAACGCAGACAGCACACCUCGGUCCUCGUAAAAGCUACAAGGCUGUCUUCUGGUUUGAGACCGGAUUGGCUGGUUUUGGACUCCUCUUGGUCAUAUUCUUCGUACGAAUCCGCCACGCAAAGAGUGAGUUGACACAAGAUGAGCGGCAAGAGUUGGAAGAGGGAAGAACUGCCAGGGAAAACACCACUGGCGAUGUAUAA